CCUCCUCUUGAAGCAUCCAUCCCCGGCCGAUGCAGGACUUGUGCUGUGGUGGGAAACUCCCGUAAUUUGUUAAAAUCACAUUAUGGACCUUUCAUAGAUUUCCAGGACUACGUCAUAAGAAUCAACAGGGGUCGUUCCAAAGGCUUUGAAGCAGAUGUUGGGAACAGAACAACUCAUCAUGUCAUGUACCUGGAGAGUGCUUCUCAGUUAGAUAACACCACUCGUCCGGUGCUGUUUACCUUUAAGAUGAGGGAUCUUGAAUGGAUUACGAGGGUCCUCAGCACACAACCUUCUGGAAAAAAAUCCUUAUUCAACAAGGAUUUGGCGAUGGUCCUUAACCCAGCUUUUAUGAGGAAUAUUCAUCAAGUGUGGCUGCAAAAGAAGGGCGCUUAUGCCUCCACUGGCUUCAUGGCUUUGGCUCUUGCCCUGCAUAUUUGUGACGAGGUCCAUGUGUUUGGUUUUGGAGCAGACAGUGAUGGAAACUGGAGUCAUUACUGGGAUAAAGUCCCCAACAAAAAAAUAAAAACUGGUGGACAUCCUGGUAAAGUAGAGUAUGAAAUGAUCGAGGAGCUGGCAAGUCAUCAAGUACUCAAAUUCUAUAAGGGGUGGUAAUUGAAUGGAUGAAAUGAAUGCGAAGGAAGGCCAUACAAAUUAACUAUAAAUGGCUAAAGGAAAAGUCUUUGGAAGGUUCUGAGUAGAAGUGGAUGAAGCUAUGGCUUAUAGUUUUCCACUUAUUAUUAUUCAUUUAUCAAGACUCAUCAGACCAGGCAAUGUUUUUACUAUCGUUGAUUGGGAAAUUUUGGUGAGCCUUUGCACAUUGUAGUUUCAGUUUCAAACAAAUUGUGAUUUGUUACAGAUGUAUUUAUGUUGUUGUACAUAUAUUCAUGUAUUUUCCUUUCAGGAGAAUAAACCU